AUGUCGAGCUUACUCUCCGACCUCAUCCGACGCGCCUUUCCCUCUACCAACCCCGGUUUCCGAGCGGUUAUGCUUGGUCUCAACGACUCUGGCAAGACAACACUGCUCUACCGAAUGAAACUGGCUGGUCAGGUGAUCCAGACCAUCCCCUCCAUCGGGUUUAACGUCGAGGACGUCGUGCUCCAGACUGGUCGUCUUGGGAUUCCCCUCAAGCUCACGUGUUGGGACAUUGGUGGGUGCGGCCACAGUCAUUUGCUUGGGCUCUUCGCGCAGCAAGCAGACAUAUCUGAUGCGAUUAUCUGGCUAAUCGACAGCGCGUCUGAUGAGGCGUGGUUCAAAGAGAGCCUCGAUGAAUUUGCCCAGAUCCUGCGACAUCCAAAUUACUCGACCCAGCAGCAACCGAUCCUGGUUAUCGCGACCAAACAGGACCUGCCCAACCGCCGCUCCAUUGACACCAUCAGGCAAAGCAUCGCUCCAGUCCUCAAGAAUCGUCACUGGUUUGCGGUCGAUGUGACACUCGAGACGAGCCUCCUUGACGGGCCACUCGUGCGCGCUUUCGGCUGGCUGCAGGGUGCCUUGGGAGCGAGGAAAAUACAACAAGAGCAGAACGAACCACCACCACCCUCACCUUCAAAAACACCCUCCGCUCUCGAAACAUGGCUGAUCCGCGCCGAUUCUGAUUCGCCUGACGACGUUUUUCUCAGGCAGUUCGAAAAUCUGUUAUUGCCAUCGUGGGACCACUACACCCACAUCCGACUGGCGUUCGUCCUCCUCGAAAAACACGGCAGACAGAAGGGCAAAGACCUGCUUUUCUCGGGCAUCCAAGACUACAUCACCCGUGCCCCCCGCAGUCAGACAAAUGGACGCACUUUCCAUGUCACUAUGACAUACCUAUGGAUCCAGCUUGUGCACUUUGGCAUGCAGAGCACCCCGCCCAGCGAUAAGCCCGGGGCCUUCCUCCGCUUUCUCCUCGUGAACCCAUAUGUCGUAGACGGGGGGCUAUGGCGCGAUUAUUACUCCAAGGACAUCAUGAUGAGCCCGCAGGCGAAGGAGGGGAUGGUGUUGCCUGACUUGAAGCCGUUGCCUAGUUUAGUUGUCAGAGAUGCGAUCAAGAGUGUCAGAUAA